CAAAAUUUAUCGGAAAAAUGGACGAGAGUCUCCAGCAAUUACUGGCGCAGCAGCAGCUGCGGCCCGAAGACAAAGUGGUCAAAGCUGCCCUGGCGGGGCACCACGAUUACCCGAUGUUGAGCAACCCUUUCCUUGAGGAGGCUGAAACAGCUGCAACCCCGACCCCGACGGCCGGCGGCUCUGGUCACCCAAUGAAGUUUGACUGUCCCUUUCUCGCACGGGCCGAGGCCGCGCGCGCGGGUGAUAGUACAACAACUCAAGACGAUGAUGUCGUGAUGCGGAUUGACAGCACGGAGCAGAGAACUUCCACGGAUGAUUUCCUUGAGAUGAACGACAUCUGCAGCAAGGCUGGUGGCCACAACCAGGACGAAGAUCACCAGCUUCUGAAAGCCGGAGACAAGCAGCUCUCCAGUACGACCGCUUGUUCGACGGAUGAGUGCUGUGAAGAGUUCCUGGUGAUGUCGGGAAACAAGGAAAAAACCCUGUCCCACACAACUUCCACCAGUGAAUUUUUGGAGGCAGCAAUUGGCGACUACAUUAAGACCAAGACCGGGGAAGAAAUCCAGGAACAUCAAGCAAAACAAGGUGGAGGUCCAGAUCAGAAUAUUAGUAAAAUGGAUCCAGCCGCUGGACAAAACGAGAAGAAUAAGAACGGAGGACAAGAAGCAAAAGUGGAUGGUACUAACACCACCGAAAAUACCACCAUCGAGGGUGGAGCAGGUGAGGCCACGACCUAUCAAAUGUAAAAAUGUCUGGGUCUGGAAGAUUGCGAGAUUUGUCAUGCAGAUUUUCCAUGACCCAUGAGGUCUGGAAUGCCGGGCCUAGCAUGACAGAGUCUGUGAGGUCUCUGCCAUGCCUAUCCCGCAUGAGAAACUACCUCCCAACUUGGUCGAAAGUGGACAGCUUUUGGCACUCAUGCAACACAGAUUUUUGCAUUAUUCGGAUUUAGCAUGACAAGUUUUAAUCUUCCAGACCCAGACAUUUUUACAUUUGAUACGACCACCAGCUCAUUUACAUUUGAUACGAGGCACACAACUUCCACCAGCGAAUUUUUGGAGGCAGCAAUCGGCGACUACAUUAAGACCUCCGGGGAAGAUCUACAACAACAGGAACUACAAGCAGGAGGUGGUCCAGAUCAGAAUAUUAAAAUGGAUCCAGCCGGAGCGAAGGAGAACAAUAACGGAGGACAAGCAAAACCAAAAGUGGAUGGUAACCUCGAAAAUAGAAAUACCACCAUCGAGGGAGGUGAAGCCACGACCACCAGCUCUACCAGGGCGAUUUCCCCGACCGGCGCCCGCCUGUACGUUGACACGGUGGAACAGGGGCAAACGCAGUGGGACGCCAGGAUUGAGGCCGCCCACUGUCGGUAUUCCUACUAUGUGGCAGACCGGACUUCCGUUCAGGACGCCCGGAAACGGGAACGGGAAUGGAAACUGGCGGAAAUGAGGAAGCAGGCGGACCAGAUGCGCGCCUGCUUUACACAAAAAGCGGCUUUGCCAGCGGAAAGGCAUCAAGGGAUAGUUUUAGGAGAUCAUCAUGUGAGUUCAUCUGAAGGAGCGGCUGCAGGAGGUUCUUGUGCACAAAAAAAUGAAUCCUCGUCAUCCCCAAAGCGCUGCCUGGUACGGGAGGGCAGCGGCACGAUAUGAAAUGCAAAAGCAUCGUACUAGUAGAAAUUGCAUGACAAAUUUCCUCCGCAUUGAGAAUGGAAUUUGUAAUGCGAGUUUCGGUCAAGAAGCAGAUUUGUAUAUGCAUGGCUGCAAUUACUACGAGUGCGAUACUUUUGCACAGGAUACACGAUUAGUUUUGGCAAAGACGAGCAGGCACCCAUUAAGUUUCAGGCGGUUUGGCGCAGGGAUAACUCGAUGGACCUGGACAACUCGUCCCAGGUGAACAACAACGAGAAAAGUGGGAACAGUUGUCCCGGAUCCGGGUCGGAGAACGUUGUUGACAGUGCGACGACCACGACCACCACGACUGCAAAAAAUGAUGAUGAAGAUGAUCAUGUCAAAAAAGAGAAAGCAGAGGAGAGCACUGCUGCUGCUGCUGGUCAACAUGUGGACGAGGACCUUGGUGACGAAGAUCAUGAUAACAGCAGCAAGAAGAAGUUGAAACCGUUACAAAUGCCGGCUGCGGUUUCGAAGGCAGUCCCAGCUGGUGCUCUACUUCCGGGUGGACCGAAAAAGGGCACAACUACGUCUCCGACAAUCACGACCGGCAAAAGUGCAGCUCCGCAGCUUUCGCCGCCACCAGGCUCCUCUCCUGUGUUAACACCGCCCGUGCAUCAACCGGGAAUGAACAAUCCUGCGGGAGGGGGAGCAGCAAGAGGAGGCCCUGCUUGGCACAUGAUGAAUAAGGGUGGUGCAGCAGGUGCACCAGCAGGACCGGCAACAUCUCCUGGGUCUUCCUCUUACGGACCAGAUAGCUACAACAGUAACAACAUGCAGAACGCGAAUGACGGCGCAACUUUUGUUCCUGGUAAAGCUGGGCCACAACAUGUAGCUGCUCCCCCGACUGGUGGUCCGUACGGUUCUGGUAAGAGCAGGAAUUAUCCGCAUGGGAUGAAUAAGGGACAUCAUCAACAUCAUAAUGCGAUGAAGGGAGGGCCAGCACCACAUUAUCAGCAACACCACUUCAAAGGAGGGUCAUGUGCUUCAUUUCAUCAUCCGCACCACCAGCAUCAGCAACAUCACCCUCCAGGUGGGAAAGACGUGAACGCCUUAGUGUCCAGUUUUCUUAAUCAGAUCACCAACAACCAGGCUGGUGCAACAUCUCCAAACAAGGGUGGUGGUGGUGCAGCAGCAGCGUCUUCUUCCAUGGCCGCUCUAGAUAUGGGACUGAUGGUCGGCGCUAUGCUGCAGCAAGUGCAGCAACCCCAAAUUAUGCCGGAACAGCAACUGCACAAAGGAUCAUACGGCCGUGGCAAGAUGAACAAAGCAGGUUCAUACGCGAUGAAUCAUGGUCUUGGGAAGCACGGACAACAGCAUCACGCUGGGACGAGGUUUGGUAGCUCCUUGCACGGGGCGGGACCACAGCCGAUGUACGGAAAGGGAGGACCAGGUAGUACUACUCUCGGUUCUCCACCCGGGUCUACUUCUGCUGUGUCAUCUUCCUGCGCAUUGACGGAUGCGUUAGUGGCGAUUCAGAAUGUUCUGAACAGCACCAAUACUGGGACAAACAACCCGGCCAACAAUUCGGUCCUGCAUGACAUCAUGCACCAGCAGCCACAACAAGUACCGCAGCAGCACCCCAGUACAACUACCACUGGAGCCGUUUCUAGUGGUGAUGAGUGGUUGUCGAAUCUCGUGCAACAAAUUACCGCAUCAGGUGGCUGCAACACGACCUCCAUCGCCGGCACUUCUAACCACGCGGGCGUAAUGGAACAGCAGCAGCACAACCUGUUAGUACCCGGAAUUGCUGCGAACGCGGCGGGUAGUUUAACGGGUGCAGCCGGACUGCAGCACCAGCAUGGUCGUGUUUUUCAGCAGGGCCAAUCGAACACGACGCCUCCUGGUCCUGCUGGAUUGGCGGGUGCGAACGGCAACUCGUGCACGAGGACGCCGUUGAACAAUUCCCGAGGAGGUGAUGGGGACUCCACCGGGGGAAGCACCGCAGCACCGGCAGACAUAUGCGUUGCAAAUACGGGUGGGUGUGGACGGAUGCAAACUUGUGAUGCUGUCUUUGGAUUCUAAAAAAAUCUGUAUUGCAUGAGCUGCAAAGCAAAUAAAGGAGUAGCCCAGUUUUUGCUACGCCAAAUAAGGGGCAUUUUUCAUGCGGGAUUGGCAUCAAGAAGCCCGCAAAAUAAACUCUGUGAUGCUAUGGCAUACAUCACAGACAGAGACAACAUGGCUCAUGCAAAACGUGCAUGACAAAGUUGCAAUUAGCAUCCAGCCCGCCCAGACAUGUUUGGACUCAAUAAGACGAUUGGUUUAACGAUUUGAUCGGGGGACAGUAGUGGGUCUUCUUCGAUGCAGUGCGUUGUUGUUCUCGGAAGUAGAUCAUAUGCGCAAGAGAAGAGCUAAAGCUUUUAUCAUCUUGAUAUUCUCCUUCCGUCGGUACUUCUGAGGGCUUGACUGCAACAAGCUUGUUACAGACCUCAGAAAAUAAGGACACGAGAGGUGGACUUGAGUUCGCUGCUCACGGCAUAUGAAAAUCAUUUUUACUGGAAGGUAAAAAUGACAAUGUCAAUGUAGAUAAGGCGAGGAAGAGAAGACAGGCACCAGCUGGUCUUUGUUCCGGUUGGGUUCCUUCAGCCGUGCUUUUCUACGACCUGCCCAAAACAGAGUUCUAGCACUUCUAACGCCUUUGUCUUUACGGUUUAUUCACUUUUUCAUAAUUUAUUGAUUCACGUUUUCGUACGAUUUGUAGCUGUCAUCUCUUCUUCUAGUUCUAACAUGAUCAUGAACUCUCUUCUCCGUGCUCGGCAAGAAAUCUUCAUGGCAUCUUGGCACUAGGAGCAGGAGAAAAAGGUUUGGCGCGAUCAGCACCGGAUCUCUGUUGGACGGAGACACUCUCUAUACUGGUUUUACAACUUCAUUCUACGAUAUGCACUUCUGCUGUACUAAUACCACCCCGUCCGAUUUUUAUCGGAUUGGUGUAACACAAAAAUUUGAAUAUGACUUCUACACGAUUUGAAUAAUAUGGACUCGCUCUACUCAAGAUCAAGAACCUGAAAAAGAUUUUUAUUUCAUCAGGUGAACUAACUCACUUUUUUUUUCUCGCAAACUUCUCUACAGUCCGCGGGCUACAAACAUCUCUUUUCAAAACACGGGUGGAGCUGGUGAGCAACUCAGAUGGAGGUUGAGCUGCUCGCACUUUCACUUGGCUCAACAUUCACAAACUAUCUAGCUCCGGAGGGGCAGGUAGUAGUUGUUGGGAGGUGCUUGUAGUUUCUUUAGGUUUUUAUCAAUAGCUAAGAUACGGAUACCGCUAGUCUGUGUAGCAGACACAGACUGCAUUUGUUAUAAUUGUUUCGAAUAUUUGUAUUUCAUUGAGGAUUCAUCUACACACAUUGUUUUUCAAAAAAGAUUUUAUUGGACAGAUUUGUUACAGCAAAUGUUGCGUUUCUAUUUGCGCUUCCGGUACUAAAGUCGGAGGAAGGUCAGACGAAUUCUUGUAUCACAAAAAUCAGGAGGAAAGAAUAUUAUUGAAAACGAAAAGUGCUGGUACUCAUGCACUUAUGAGGAAACAGAAAAAAGAAUCCGAGAUUUAUUUACGAAACUACUUGGCGACAAAGGUUUGUCCUUUAUUACGAAGAAAGAAAUUCGGAGCGGCGAAUAGCGAUUUCAUCUUUGAGCACGAUUUUAAAAAAGACGACGGGUUUAAGAAAAAAACGUAAACGACCACUGAUUAGCAUGAAAACUACUACAAAGAAGGGGCGCAUAAAAGUGGCACGCACUGAAGAAACCACAAAAUGAAGACGUGCGCGGCGAUAUGCGAGGGGGCUGGCCGGUCGCUCGGCGCGCGGGCGCCGGGCCCCCGUGGCCCCUUCAAACUACAGCGACCGGGCAUGGGCAUUCGCGUUGUGGCGCGUAGUCUGGAUGGAUGUUGGGGCGCAGUGGUUUGCGAUUGUUUUUCGCCUUUCACAUUGAUGGGAGGGGCGGCGCGGCCCUUGGCGCGGGCGAUCGAUGGCGGCGCAAAAAGGAGAAAAUCGGGAAAACAUUUUUGCGCGGGAGCCAGCGCGAUUGGAGGCGUGGAGACUUUUUGAGAAAAAUGGAACUUGGACGAGAGGGUGGAGGGACUUUUUGAAAAAAGUCCCGGCACCGCCACUCCUCUGUCGUCCAAAGUUCGCUAAAAUUUUUCAGGAGGCUCCAAAGCCUCCCGCGAGCCUGCCACCUACCCACGCAACCCUGCAGGAACUGAACGGAAAACAUGGAGCGUGGCGGCACACGAAGUACCGCCACCAAAUCGGCGCGCGCGCAGGCGCCUGUGAUUUUUUUGAAAAUUCGAAAAAGCCUGCGGCGGUUUGCAUCAGUGCGCCCCGGUGUUUGGGAGAUAGGGCGCGCUCUUUCGGAGUUGGUCCCCGUUUAGCCUUCGCUACAUUUGCCGCGCCGCCCGCCCUCUUGUUGCUUGGGUCUGCAGAGAGACUGGUCCGCCGAUGCGCCUCCGUUCUGCGCUCGGAGUCCCGGCUUGCAGCGCAUCGGAGAAGGCGGAUGGCAGGCUUUCGCAGCCCAAUUUGACGCCUUGCGCCCAUCGAUUUCGCGCUGGGAUGUUGCGCGCGCGUGCCGCCAAUCUGGGCACCGUUGGCACUGUCGGGGAACUGUCGCGCGACGGUGCGCCAUCUACAUGUCACACUUAGACGGUAAAUGUGACAGUUAGACAGGCUCAAAAUGGUUCGUUUUGGUUUCGUUCUCCGUUCAUAAGAAAAAAACGUAAACGACCACUGAUUAGCAUGAAAACUACUACAAAGAAGGGGCCGCGCCUGAAGAAACCACAAAAUGAAGACGUGCGCGGCGAUAUGGGAGGGGAUUAAGGAGGCGCUCUUGAACAAAUGGAGGAGGAACGGGACGACCAGCUCUUUUUGUCCUGAGUAAAAACGUACCCACACCAUAGUUGUCAUGCAGCUCUGGAUGCUUCGAAUGUUUCUCAUGCGGAGCCCCAUGAGAAGCAUUUUCUAAUGCGGUUUUGAAAUUUGUCAUGCUCCAAUCAGCACGAGAUACUAGAUCUGUAAUGCUGUUAAACUAGCUCAAACAGCACUACACUACGCGGACAAACUUGUCAUGCCAAACAACCAAAGCUGGCUGAUUUGUCUAGCAGAUUCCCCAUCCUGACUCUGGUGUGGGUACGUUUUUACCCAGGAUACUUUUUGUCUCUACUUCACGUCGCUCGUACUACAGCCGCUGGAUCUACAUCUAGCUACUACAGCCGCAGCAGCUCUUUUUGUCUCUACUUCACGUCGCUCGUACUACAGCCGCUGGAUCUACAUGCGCCAAUUUUUCCGCAGUCUCGGGGAAAAGAUGGGCUUUGUUUCUGGCGGCCAUUCUUUCACAUGUGAAAAAAUAGAUUUUGUUACUGGCAGCCAUUCUUUCACAUGUGAAAAAAUGGACUUUGUUUCUGGCGGCCAUUCUUUCACAUGUGAAAGAAUGAAAUUUGUUCCUGGCGUCCAUUUUUUCACGUGUGAAAAAGUGGGGCUUGUUCCCGGAGGUCAUUCCUUCACACGAAAAACGAGACGUGAGGCCUGUCGCUACUGGCAACUAUUUUGUCGGAUGCGGAUGGGCGCGCUCUCUUUCUGGCGACUAUUUCCCCACAUGUGAAAAAAUGAGCGCGCUUUCUGGAGGGCAUGUUCAGUGAGUGAACAGCUUUGCCUUCUUGCCAGCUCCCGCCUUCUCAGAUUUAAGUCGUGCGCCUUUUUUCUGUCGUCGAUUUUUCCACGGCCAUCCAUAUACGGAAAUGGGCGCUCUCUCUGGGGCGCACUCUUUCACAUGCGGGGACAUGCAGUCUCCUCCUGCCGCUGAUUUUUGACACUCCUGUGGGCGGCCCUUCUAUUUAUUCUGAGCGUCUGGCCCGAUCCUUGCCGGCGCCGACUUUGAGGCGCCGCAGUUCUUGCCGCGCAGGUGUCUCAUCGUCAUAAAUGUUGGGCGGGAAAAGGAAAAUCGCGCCACAUUAUUUCACCUUUUUCCCCUACAGGUAGCAAUAGACCCACUUCCCUUCCAAUACUUCACGUCGCUCGUACUACAGCCGCUGGAUCUACAUGCUAACGGUGCUUGUAGAGACCACGGCUCAGCAUUAUAAUAUCUCUGCACCUUCGUUCCUAGAAAGUAAGAAGAUGCAACUACGACAAGAAAAUAAAUGCGGAAAGAUGCAAAUCAAAGAAAUUUCUGAUUUGUAGUUUAGCACAUGAUUCAGGUGCACUGUCUCCGGCUGCAGCAACACCAUCAACAUCAACACUUUCAAACCUUGCAGCCCCCUACUUUUCGCUAGCAAGGUCAUCACUGGAUCAUGAAAAACGGAUGUAAUAUCACCACUACGUACCACGUCGGCGCAGCGCUUCUCUGCCACUAGAUCUAGAAUGCCGGAAUAAAAUACUGUAGCUGUAGUUGUCGCAUUGAUCUACUUCCUACUAUUCGUCUCGGAACAUCAAUAGAGAGCCAAAAUUAACUUGGUAAGAGGAUUUAUAUCAGACGCAUUUCUUGUGUGGGACAAGGAAUCUUCUCAGGAGGACUCAAGGACGUGGCGUCAUGAGCACAAUUGGAUAGUAAUGCUCGCCCGCAUCGAUGUACUUAAAGUACAUCGAUGCGGGCGAGCAUUAUGGUACAACUUCGAAGUGUGUCUCUACUGUUUUUUCACAACUACAAGCGCUAGGAAAAAAAAAAAGAGAUCCCACCUGCCAAGAAGGAAGCUCUUUAGAGUUGUCUUUAUUCAGUUGUUGUACUGUGGAAUGAAGGCCAUGACGAGAGAGCAGUACUACUACAUGUGAAGCAGCAGUAGCUCGAAUAAAAUGGUCUACUCUAUACAGCUUCUAGUUGUCGUGCUAGUGAAAGGAGAAGACGCAAGGCAAUAAACCAGGUUUGGUAAUUAUAGGGCGUUGCAAAUAGACGACGAUCUUGCUAAGCAACCGAAAAACCAUGUUGCUAUCUAUGGAAAAGGCGAUGAUCUCACGUACAAAGACAAAAAUCCUUCCAGACCAUCUGGACGAAGGAUUGAUGGAACAAAAAGCAUGACAGCAAAGUGAAGAUCAUACACAUACCUUUUUAUGAACUACACGUGUAUUAUGUUGUACCUUUUUUUGAUUUUCAAAUGCAUUUCUUUUUUACGAAUCACGAAAAAACUAAAAAAGCUAAAAAUCAAAUACUCGACUUGCGAGGACCAUGCGGUUGAUGGUCCGCCCGCAUCUUCUGCUUCGCUUGAGGAUCUAGCUUUAACACUAGAGCACUGAAAAAGAUCAGAAGGGGAACAAAGUGAACCCGUCCCGUUGUUCAAAAUUUUUGCGUACUAGAACUACAUCAAAAGGUCGUGAAAAGAUG